UGCACACACACACACACACACACACACUCACAGACGCACACAAAGUGAAAACAAAAACCAAAAAGGUGGCGUUGUGAAGCGCAUGAAGAGGUUUAAAGGGAAGAUGGAGGAUGGUGGAGCUUCGAGCAGUGGUGCUGUGGAGAGUAAAGCUGGCUUCGUGCUCGGGAACGUGGCGGAGGUGGUGGAGAGGAUCCUAACGUUUGUGCCGAAUAAAUCCCUCUUCCGCCUCGCGAGUGUUUGUCGGCUGUGGAGGAACUGCGCUCGGAGAGUCCUGAGAACUCGACAGAACCUGAGCUGGCUCUCGGCGUCCGGCUCGUCCCUAUACGAAGAACACGUUCUCUUCAGAACCAUGGAAGAAGGACUGGAGAGUGUCUUCCUGCUGCCCCAGACAGUGUUGUUAAUGAUGGACAAUGAGAGCUUUACUGGACAUCACGGUGCUUUCAGGCAUAAAAAAGCCAAGCGAUGUCAGUCGGCGGACAAGUUGGACGUGGUGGACAGACUGAGACGUUUGCUGCCCAGCAGCUGUGACCUUUUAUGCGUCAUUACUCCAGGAAUCGUCUUGACCCCCAGCGAGCCGGCCGGUCAAGUCCCUAAGGAGUUCAUGGAGGGUGAAGCUGGUUUCAGUCUUCUGUUUCCUGCGAUGGAGGGAGUUCAUAUCCGACCGUUUCACUUCUGCAAAAACAGCCUCAGCGACACCACUUUAGAGAAAGCAGGCCUGGCUGCGAAUCCUGACCUGAAGGUGGUGCUGCUGUUCGGCUAUGAAGCCUACAAAACCGGAGCGGCACGCUUCCUUAACCAGCUGCUGGAACCUCUGGGGCGGAGUAACGUCCUCAUCGCCGGAGGACAUGUGGAGAGUGUCUUACCACACAAGAGGGACUGCUGUUCUCCCGGUUCCUUCGGUGUGACAGGUCUCACCCUGAGCGGUCCCAGGAUUCAGGGCGCCUCGGUGCUGAUGGAUCAGGCAGUGAACACGCCCGCGUCAGCCGAGGUCACCAUGCGUCGCCUGAAAGCCGCCAACAUUCCGGAGUCCAACACGGUCGGCUUCAUGUUCGCCUGCGUGGCGCGCGGACACAACCACUACAGCGAUCAGCCCAACGUGGAGGCCGACAUCUUCCACAAACUCUUCCCCAGAGUGCCUCUGUUCGGCUUCUUCGGAAACGGAGAGAUCGGCUGCGACAGAAUCGUCAAAGAGAACUACACACUGAGUCAGACGGAUGCUAACGGACUGCAGCACGGCUACACCACCGUCAUGAGCCUGGUGCACUUGGGAUGACACACACACACACACACACACACACACACACACAGUAUCAUUCUCUCAAGACUCAGGUUUUUUUUUCUUUCAUCUCUUUUCUCUAACUAAAAGAUGUAAAAUCUCAUCCAUAGAGUUUUUAUUCUCUUUCACAUCAAUUUCUUAGAACAUUUUAAAAUCAGGGCACUUUUAAAUCAUCAAGCUGUUCAAGAAAACUGAAAACUUUCCUUUGACUUAGACGUGAAAUCCUCUUGAUUUAGUUCUGCUCUUAAAACGUGACCAAGACACACACACACUCCUCUGUUGUGUAUCUGACUAAAGCAGAGGUUUGUGUGUGUGUGUUGGGGGGGUAUUAAAAAAUCUAAUAAUAAUAAUAAUAAUCAAAUUCCUUCUCAGUCCUGAUCAAUCCUGUUGAUCUGUCUUUGUUUCCUCUUGUGAUAUUGAUCCAGUUCUGUUUACUUUCAUAUUGCAGCUCCUCCUUGUCCUGACCCUCACCUCCUGACCCUCACCUCCUGACCCUCACCUCCUGACCUAAACCAAUCGUCUACAUUUAUUACAAUCCUCUAAUAAGGUCAGGUACGUUUCUGAGCUCAGAGCUGCAGGGAUUCUUUCAAAGCAGAAUAACUUCAUAAAGUCAACGUUAGUAUGGAUUCAUAACAGAAUAAAAUCUGAUGAUCUGUAGAGCUUUGUGGUUUCAGGGUUCUCCGUUUCUCGUCUUCAGUGUUACAAUAAAGAGCCGAGUUCUUUACUUUACACCAUUUUUUUCCUUCUCGUUAUUAUAAUAAAUCUGAAAUAUUUUCUGGAAUUAAGACCAA